AGACAGAUCUCCCUGAUAGCACCCCCAGUGCUGCCCCGAGCCCCUGGUCCUAAUCUAGGAACCGUCACCCCGCCAAUGAAGACUUAUAUCUUGUUCUGUGGAGAAAACCAGCCCCACCUCACUCAGGAGGCCCCCCUGGGUAGGGGACGCCUUGCCCAGGCCAGGGGGGCCGUGCCACCCUGCAGAGGGACCGGGGCCCCAGAUUCCUCCCCAGUCAGUCCACUGGUCCCGCAGGAGGCGCCUGAAGCCAAGGGAAACCCCUUGAAGUCUGUGCCCUCGAGGUCUUCAGCUUGGGGAACGGUCAUAGGCUCGCUCAAAGCCCUCUCCUCCUGUGUCUGUGGGCAGGCAGAUUAA